GUUUAUUAUGGUUCUCAGUUUAAUGAGUCGGUAGAAGCCGCUCGGACUUAAUUCAGUCCAGUUCGUGAAUGAAUUGAUCAAACUCCGGUUUUAUGAACUGGCUCAACAGAUUCACUGAAAGGAUCCGACUCAAAUGAACGCUUGGUUAACAAAUCGGACGUCAGCAGAGCAGAAUAGUGUAAAGUAGUGCGAUUCUUGCGUAUUUCAUUUCUCGAACGGUACUUUCUUUUUCACGGGAUGACUGUCAAAGAGUCAAAUUUGCAUUAGAAUUAUUUACAACAGAACAACAUCAAACCGGCUGUCUUUUGUUUGGAGGGACAUUUCUCAUCAUGGCUGAGCAUUUAUCCCAGAGUGAACUGGACUACCCUUUCAAACUCUUGGAAUAUUUGAAUGGAUUCCGGAUCUCAAAGGCGAUAUUCUCAGCUUGUGAGUUAGGGUUGUUCGACCUUCUCCUUCAGUCCCAAAAGCCCCUAAAUGCAGCUGAAGUGGCACAGAAGCUUGGCACCAGUGAAGAUGGUAUAGAGCGGUUACUGGAUGUGCUGGUCGCCAUUGAGAUUGUGGAUGUGGAAGUGGUACACGGAACAGCUCAUUACAGCAGUACAGAUGUUGCUAAUCUAUACCUGGCCAAGACCAGCCCCAAAUCUCUACAUGAUUUGAUUAUUUAUUACUCUCAGACCAUCUACCCACUCUGGAACAAUCUGGUAGAUGCUGUUAGGGAUGGAAAGAACCAGAAUGAGAAAACCUUUGGCCUCCCGUCUGAAGAGAUCUUCUCUGCCAUAUACAGGUCAGAAGAGGAGAUGCUGAAGUUCAUGGGACUGAUGAACUCUACGUGGGUCAUUGACGGCCAUGACAUAGUGACAGCAUUCGAUCUAUCUAGAUUCAAGUCCGUGAUAGAUCUGGGAGGCUGCUCUGGUGGAUUAGCGCGGGAGCUGGCGAAAGAGUAUCCUUCCUCCACUGUCACGGUUCUGGAUCUCCCAGCUGUGGUUCAGACUGCUCAGCAGCAUUUUGCUCAGCAAGAUGACACCAUCGGUUUUCAAGAGGGGGACUUUUUUGAAGGAGAAAUCCCUCCUGCAGAUUUGUACAUUCUGGCCCGAAUCAUUCAUGACUGGAAAGAGGAAAAAAAUCUCAAACUACUGAGGAAGAUUCAUGCAGCAUGUCAUCCAGGUGGAGGCGUUCUGAUCGUAGAGGCACUGUUGUUUGAGAACCGCCGGGGUCCAACCACAGUUCAGAUGUUUUCUCUGAACAUGCUGGUUCAGACAGAAGGGAAGGAGCAUCCACCCUCUCAUUAUACACGUCUGCUCACUGAUGCAGGAUUCAGGGACGUGCAGGUCUGUCGCACUGGAAAAUCCUACGAUGCUAUUCUGGCUCUCAAAUGAACAUGCACCAAAGCGGAGUCCGUAAUCAGGACCCCUUCUGCCUCAUCUGCAGACCUGUUGUGAUCAGACCCAUCAGAAAUCAUGUUCAUGCAUGCACAUGUCAGUCAGACGUCUGUUGUUCCACCUUGGCCUCGUUUUGGGUCUCUCCUGACUAGUUAUAAAGCAGUACUUUCUCUAACACAGUUAGCCCACUCCUGAUCCUUACAUUUCCUCCAAAAGACUGUUUUAGUAGUGAUUUGAUUUAGCUAUUUGUGAACCUUUCUCCUGAGGCCUACAGAAGUGGUUUGAGAGGGGUGGGAUGAGGAGCUGUUUUCGAUUGGCCACUGAUGUGUCAAAAAUAAGCUCCUCCCUCCAUCCUGUCUAGUGUAUCCAUGCACUGCCAUCUUGACACAUGGUUAAGUGUGACCCCCUAGUGGUUAUUUGUUGCACUAACGCAAUAAAAAACAUUCUAAAAAUGUACACACAACCAAAAGAAA